GUGGAUGUUUCUCUUGACAAAACUCGUCAAAUAUUACAGUUUAUUCUUGAAACAAACACUUGGAAUUUUCCGCUCGAUAUAGUUGCAUCAUCGAUCGUACACACACCUGAAUAAUAUUGUGCAAUUAAUUUAGUGUAAUAGUCGCGAAUUUCCUGGCUCUAUUAUUAUUUCUUGAAAUUGUUCAAUCGAGAUGGGUAAGGAAAAGACUCACAUUAACAUCGUCGUAAUCGGCCACGUAGACUCUGGCAAAUCGACCUCUACUGGUCACCUGAUCUACAAAUGCGGCGGCAUCGAUAAACGUACCAUCGAAAAAUUCGAGAAGGAAGCUCAAGAGAUGGGCAAAGGCUCCUUUAAAUACGCUUGGGUGCUGGAUAAGCUGAAGGCGGAAAGGGAGAGAGGCAUCACGAUCGACAUCGCCCUCUGGAAAUUCGAGACUGCCAAAUAUUAUGUGACGAUCAUCGACGCACCCGGGCACAGAGAUUUUAUCAAGAACAUGAUCACCGGCACCUCGCAGGCUGAUUGUGCCGUUUUGAUUGUGGCCGCAGGCACUGGCGAAUUUGAGGCCGGCAUUUCAAAGAACGGUCAGACUAGAGAACACGCUCUGCUCGCCUUCACUUUAGGAGUGAAACAACUGAUUGUCGGUGUAAACAAAAUGGACAACACCGAACCUCCGUACUCGGAGGCCCGAUUUGAGGAAAUCAAAAAAGAGGUUUCGUCUUACAUUAAGAAAAUCGGUUAUAAUCCGGCCGCGGUGCCGUUCGUGCCGAUUUCCGGUUGGCACGGGGACAAUAUGCUCGAGUCCAGCGACAAAAUGCCCUGGUUCAAAGGAUGGAUGAUUGAACGCAAAGAGGGCAAAGCGGAGGGCAAGACUUUGAUCGAGGCUUUGGACGCCAUCCUGCCUCCCAGUAGACCUACUGAGAAACCUUUAAGACUCCCACUGCAGGAUGUGUACAAAAUUGGCGGCAUUGGCACAGUGCCAGUGGGCCGAGUGGAAACCGGCAUCCUAAAACCUGGCAUGGUGGUGACUUUUGCCCCAGUCGGGCUCACUACCGAAGUGAAAUCUGUGGAAAUGCAUCAUGAGGCCCUCCAAGAAGCGGUACCCGGGGAUAACGUUGGAUUCAACGUUAAAAACGUCUCUGUUAAGGAAUUGCGUCGAGGAUUCGUCGCUGGUGAUUCGAAGAGUAACCCGCCCAGGGGUGCCGCAGAUUUUAUUGCUCAGGUAAUUGUACUGAAUCAUCCGGGGCAAAUCGCGAACGGUUACACUCCGGUGCUGGACUGUCACACCGCGCACAUCGCCUGCAAAUUUGCCGAAAUCAAGGAAAAGUGCGACCGUCGUACCGGAAAAACGACCGAAGAAAACCCGAAGUGGAUCAAGUCGGGAGACGCGGCCAUCGUCAAUUUGGUCCCGUCGAAGCCGAUGUGCGUCGAAUCCUUUCAGGAAUUCCCGCCGCUGGGUCGUUUCGCCGUACGCGACAUGCGUCAGACGGUCGCCGUGGGCGUAAUAAAGCAGGUGAACUUUAAAGACACGGCCGGCAAAGUGACGAAGGCCGCGGAGAAGGCCCAAAAGAAGAAAUAACUAGACUCGUCUUCAGCCUCCUCCACUCUUGAAGGCCUCAAGAAAAUCCUCAUCAAUAGUUCCUCGCGGAAUCGUUUUUCUCUCGUUAGGCGGCUUCUUUUAACUACUUAUUUUCAUCGGAAAGAAUUUAGAAGGAAAACUGACCACCACCAUCCCGACAUGCUGGUUUCUAGAAUCUCUUUAAUUAUUUAACGCAGCGACUGUGUUAUUUAUAUUCAUUCCUUCAGUAUUUCGUUUUUGUUUUUUUAUUUUGUUCAUUAAGUAUACGCUGUUAGUGAGUAAUAAUUAUUAUUAAUUACCCUAUAAUAAGUAGGGACGUUAUUUAUUAUUAGUAUUAAUGUUAACGGUCUUUUGUUGAGUUUAUUAUUACUACUACUCGUACUCUUAUUGAUGACGAUAGACUUGAUAAAUCUUAACGUGUUUGGCUUCUCUGUAAAUAUCCAAUAAAGUCUAUGGAGAUCCACAAAUAAAAUA